AUGGGCGCGUUGCAUUCGGGCCUAGCCUCGAAUGGACUGACCGCGUCGGCGGAUUCUCUGCUCGUCGAUCUCCUCGCCUGUCCCCAUCCGACCUUUGGGGUAUUUGCUGGUCGCGUGGUGGUGGUCGUGAAGUCGACGAUACCUUCCAUGUUCAUUGUUGUCAAAAACAUAAAGCCGAAACACCAGCUCCGGGCAAUCAGAGUGAGAGCAGUAUGUGUCUAUGAAGUUCCUGAGAAAAGGGGAGAGGGGCAGGCCAGUAAGAGCAUGGAAGUAUUGUUCCAUGAUGAAGAGGGAGACUACAUUCAUGCGAGUAUUAUUAAAAAAGACAUUGGAAAGUAUAGAGAUACAAUAAAGGAAGGGAAAAUCUUUGAAAUCAAGAACUUCAUGGCUUCUACAAACUACUAUGUCUACAAGAUUACAAAGCAUGGUUUCAUGCUCAAAUUCAACUACAAAACACAAGUGAAGGAAAUACAUUCUAAUGGCUUUCCUUGCAAAAUGUUUAGACUAAAGAGUUUUUUGGCUUUGAAAGAUCCUGAUGAUGUGAAUGACAAGGAACUGAUUGAUGUUAUUGGAAGGGUAAUUGAGAUUUACAAUUCUGUGGACAAGAUUAUAGGGGGAAAGGCCACCAAACUAAUCGACUUUCAAAUUGAAGACAAUGCUGAGAACACCAUGAUGUGUACACUCUGGAAUGAACAUGUAUCUUCCCUUAUGCCUUUUUACAAUAGUGAUUCGAAAGAACCACUGAUUGUUGUCAUUCAAUGCUGUAGGGCUAAAGUUGUGGGUGGUGAAGUGAGAAUAACCAGUUCGUAUGAUGCUACGAAGCUUUGGUUCAAUGAGGAUUUUGAAGAAUUUCAAGAGUUUAAGUCAAAGUUGAAAGCUGAGGGUACUCCAAUGAGAAGUCUUAGUACUGGCACACUACAUUCAAACUCUACAGGCAUUAGUGAGUUUAAUAAUGUUUCUGUUAUUGUAACUAACUGCCAUGAUAUUAAGAAGGUUAAAGAGGAUGGGGAAUGCUAUGUGGCUGCUGAGAUUCUGAGGAUGGUUGUUAGAUAUAAAGUAGUUGUUAUUGCUCUUGACAAAUCUGGAGAUGCUCCAAUGUUGCUUUGGGAUAGAGAAGUGGCAGAACUUGUGGGUAUUCCUGCCUCUAUUUUGUAUGCAAAAUACAAGGAGCUUGAUGUUGAAGUGCCACCUGAGUUGGAUGCUAUAGUUGGAAUGAAGAUGCUGUUUAAGAUCAAUUUUAAACUGGCUCUAAAGAUGGGUCCCAAUUACCCAUUCAAUGUUGUGAGGAUUGUCAGGGAUGAGCACUUGCUGAAAACCUAUAGUGACAGGUUUGUGGAGCAUCAAGAGCAAGACUUAAUCUCUAGGAUGAUUGAGGAGGAAACUAACACCGAUGCAAUUUCUGAAGAAGACUCGAUUGGAGUUGAAGUGAAUAGUCCUGCCACUGUGCAGCCAUCGCAAAAGGAAGGAGACGACACUGCUGAAAACUCUGGGGCUAUUAAAAGGUCACUUUUGGAUGAGUUUUCAUCAUCCAAAAGUAGGAAGAAGUUGACUGACUCAGAAAUCAAAAAGGAAAAAAUGUUAUUCAGAGCAAGGAUGAUAGGUGGCCAAGGUUAG